AUGUCUAUACCAACUUCAGAACCACAACCCGCUCGACCUAUAGAGAACUUUGGGUGGUCGUCAUCUUCCGCUUCGACGUCGUCUUAUGGACUGCGACCGGCAGUGGAGUCCAGGAUGAGGCAGCUCGAGAAGCAGCAACUCAAGGAGCUGAGGGCGCAGCGCAAACUGGAAGAGACAGAACGGAAACGGAAAAAGGAGGAGAAGCAGCAGAAAAAGGUAGUCAAACAACAGAGGCUACAGCGACUGGACAAGGAACUGUUUCCAGAACUAAUCGGCACAAACAAUGCGAGGGUCUCGAGACUGAAUCUGAAGGCUUUCUCCAAGUUUUGUUAUCAGAGCAGGAAUGAGGACAGAGAGACACCGGCCGGAGCCGUGGCGGAUAUUGACGGCAAUCAAAAGCUCGCGAAAAGUGAGCAGAUACAUCUAUCCACGAUACUCGACAAUGACUUUGAGACCUAUGAGGAGUGGAUGAACUACAUUCGUAACAAGAAUUUGGGGUUGGAGCAACAACCGACCGUCGCAUUAACCGCACGACGGAUAUCCAAGGCUAGGCCACUAUUCUGGGAACGGCCUCUGCGCGGUUGGAUUGUAGAUCACUCUGCGAUCAUGGAGUCAUGCGAUCGAACACAACACACCUCUGCACAUUGCCUGGAAUAUCUCUCCCAGGACCACCUCUACUUGAUCCCCUUGCGCGAAGCACGAAAUUAUCCAAACAGGAUCCAUGCCGCCUCAGAGCAGAAUAGUACGAAAACUCAAUACGCUGACCUGGAUACCUAUGGUGGUCAGAAAUCAACAGAGAACACAGAACCCGUCAGAAGAGUUUCGUCCUCGACAACCAAUUCGGCCAAGAUGCACUUUCACAUAUUUUGGCGCGGUAUCGUCACGGACAAACUAUCUCUGACAGUACAGGCGCUUCUGUUCACACAACCACUGGACAGGGCUCUUCUUCAUAUCUGGAUCGACUCUACAGACCUUCCUAGCGGAGAGCCAGAGAAUUAUGAACAGAACGUGUUCUCCAAGGACUUGAUCACAGCACCGCUGAAUCGAUUUAUUAAACUGCACGUGUGGGACCAAAAGGCACAGGAGACAUACGCCUAUCCUCUUGCUCAAGAACUCAACCAACUGCCACAGUCAUCAACAGAAGUGAUAUCCGAAAAGUCCAAGGUACCUCCAGUAGCACUAUCGGACCAAGCGCGGUUCCUGAUCUUGUACCGCUACGGCGGGAUGUAUCUCGAUGCAGACGUCCUGCUCUUGAGGGACAUGUCGCCUUUGUAUGAUGCCGGCAUGGAGUUUGCAUAUGAGUGGAGCAGCACUCAGAUGUACAAUACUGCCGUCCUGCGGUUGAACCGCGGAAGCAGUGUGGCGAGACGGAUUCUGGAUGGUGCCAAGACUAAAGAGAAAGAGACGGUAGACCACAGGCAAGAAAGUCAAAUACCCACAGAGCUAAAGAAUGGAUGGGAGGCAACGCAACAGGCAAAUAUACUCAAGAAGAGAACGCGAGGGAAGCCAAAGCAACAGCAGCCAGCACAUAACAACCAGCCUCUGGAGGUUGCGCAUGCCGAUUCAAUGGAUAUAGACAAGCAGAACAAGGAUAGCGUUAGAGAUAUUGGCGGUGACCCCGCCUUAACCCAUUUUGAGUCUCCUUCCUUUUCAUACGCGGCCACCACCCCACACUACCUGUCGAAACGCGGCAACACACAUGAGAUGCGACCCAAGGAAAUCUAUCACCCGGCGCGUCUACGCAACUACCUAGAUCCCCAAAACGGGUCCUUGACCAAUAAUGGUCUUGUCAUGAUGCCUACAGCCAUGUUUGACCCUCUCUGGCUACGCGUCGACAGUGUUGAAUCUCAAAACGGAUUGCUGAACGAUCGAGAAAAGAUGAUGGAGGGACUCUUGGCGUUUCCUGACGCGUUCACUAAUGCAAGUGCGAUAUGUCCAGCUCACCAUCAGCAGCAGCAGCAAGGAAAGGAGGAAGAAGAAGGGCUGAGCAGAGUCUUUAUGGCAGGACCGGAGGUGUUUUUCACAGGAGCAUAUGCGUAUCAUUGGCACAAUAAUUGGAAGACGCCAAUCGCGGCUGACAGUUGGAUGGGACUCAUGCGUCAGGCGUACGAUGAAUUUUUGAGAGGCGAACGACCAAACCUGUAUGGUGAAUGGUUCCCCGGUAACAGAGAUGAUGUAUUUAGGAAGUAG